GAAUAAACAUAACGGGAAAAUUAUUUUUGUGUUUAUAAAUUUGUGGUUAAAAUCAAAGUUUAAUUUAAUUAAGAAUGUUGUCGUGGUUUUAUACAAGGGUGAACUUACCGAAAAAGAAGAAGCAGGAAGGCAUCAAAAGGACCCAAAAUAUGCUGUUAACUCCAUCGAAAACCAUUGAUAAAUUCAAUUCACCGACUCUGUUUCAAUUACAGUGUGGCGAUAAUCCAAAAGUAAAGAUAUUAUCGUCAAAAUAUGAGGAAAACAUAGCAAAGUGUACUGAUAAAGCAUUGCGUAAUCGUUUAACAGUAGAAACGCCGCUUAGUUCGAGGAAAUUAAUACCUUCUUUUGAGAAAAAUAAUGAGCAACAAAAUUCUGAUCUUCUGGAUCUUUUUCAAACCAUUUUAACAAAAGAUAAGGAAUACACUGAUUGGAUGAAAAAGAUAAUUGAUUCUUACAUUUAUGAGUUGGAAUUUGAGGCUCGUUUUAUGGCUGAGGAUGAAAGAAAGGCUUUAAUUACAUCAGUUUUUGGAAAUGUUAAGUCGAUCUACGAAAUGCAUAUUAAGGACUUCCAGCCAUUCAUUGAGGCAUGUGUUAACGACAAAACAUCAGAUGUAACAAUACAAAUCUUAAACUUUGCUAAGAAAUUAGCUAGUCUUUGCAAAAAUGGCACUUUCUAUCCAUACAUACUGCAUUCUACUAUCGAAAAGGAGUCAAUAUUAAAGCGCAAUAACUUCUAUACUCAUUUAAUGACUUAUGCUGAACAAAAAUACCAAUUCCCAUACAGCUUCGAUCCAAUUUCACAAAUGACUCACUACGGAUUAAUAAUUGAUGAGAUCUUCAAGGAAGUCCACAAACAAAAGGUUUCAUUAAAGUGUAUUGAAAAGAUGACUUAUGCUGUGAAGGAAUUUAAGAAUCAGAUGGCAAAGAUUAAGGCUGCAGGCAUCGAUUAACUACUAAUUUUAUUUUAUUAUUGUUUUAAAUGUUAAAUAAAUUUGCAUGGAUGUUCAUUUUAUCUUAAUCUUGAAGCUCUGCUUUUUUUGUGGAUAGAAUGCCUUAAAAAAGUCACAUAUCAAUCAAACUCUUUCUUUCUCUACAGUUCGAUAAUACAUAGAAAUAGAAAAUGCUGAAAUAGUGCAUUGAACUUUCCCUUUUUCUAAGAGCCUCCCAUUAAUAUCCUUCAACCUUUCCUACUGCCUAAAUUUCUGGCAAUAAUUCUUUAUCGAUUAUCUCGAUUCCAAUUGAUGUAUGUGAAUUGACUUUGUAGGCUUCAAGGCAAUUUUUC